AUGUUUGCGUCGCGGAAGAGCUCGGAGGACGGGCCGCGCAUGGGCCCCGAGCGCGACGCCGACUCUCUAGGUGACGGUGAGCCCGACGUCCUGCGCAAGGCGAUCGCGUCGCCGAUCGACGAUGAGGCGGUCGUCGCGCACGUCGCGACCCUCGUGCAGCUCUGCCAGCUCCGGCACCAAGCACACGACGCGCGCGGCGACCCGCUUGGCCUGAGCCUCGGCGCCGUGCGACACAAGGACGAUCGGACGUAUCUCAAGCACGUCGCCGAGAUCCUCGCCGACCUGCGCCGCGUCCGCGUCGACGGCGCAUCGCUCGUGGCCAUGUGGGAAUGCGUGCAGGACCUUCUCGGCCACCGGUCCGGAGACGCCCGCGCGCUCGCAUUCGACUUUAUCGACACGUGCUUGGACUUGCACGCUGACCGGGCGCCCAUGGCGCUGCGCACGUCGAUCUUUCGCGCGCUGCUGCAAGGCCACGGCGACUACAUCCGGCGGCAAAAGAGUUUGCGCCGCGUGCUACAGGACGGUCGGCUCGUCGGUCCGUUCGCGGCCGACCUCGGGCCGUACCUUCUCCAGCUGCUCCGCGAGUCGGACGCGCAGAAGGAUCUCCUCUCGCUUCUCCACUGCAUUGUCCGGCGCUCGCCGCACGCGCUCUCGCUCGAUGUCAUCACUGAGUUUGCCGUAACGCUGGCCGCGCAGUCGGACGUGGCCUGGACGCGCGGGGACACGGAGGUUGGCGAGCGCUUCCUCAUGUUUGCGUCCAAGCUCGUGGCCCACAAGCUCGACCGCGCCGCGUCGGCGCCCGCGUGUCUCCAAACGAUAUGCGGCCUCGCCAAUAGUCUGGCCGAUCUCACAUGGGGUGUCAUCAAGAAGCUGCUCUUGGGCCCAAGCCGCCAUCACACGCUCCAUGGGCUCCUCGACCUCUUGGAGACGAAGGCCACGUCGCCGUACGUACAGCGCGGUGCCAUCUACUUUCUCGCCAUGUCGUGCUGGGGCUGGAAGCGCAUCACUGAGCUCGAGUUUGGCUGGGCGACGAUCCUGCACAGCCAUCGGCGCGCCCUCGAGUCCCACCACGUCGUCGUUGUCCAAGAAGUGGUGGUCUCGCUCCUGCGACUCGUCAAGAAGUACGGCGACCAGCUCUUGGUCGAGUGGCGCAUCAUCUUUGACUGCUUGUACGCGCUCCAGCCAUGGGUUCUCUCGGCCGAUCGUCCGAUGGAGAUUCGAACCAACCUCCUCGAGACACUCGUGCUCAUUGACAAGCUCGUCGACGCGCACCAGUUUCAAGGCGACAUCGAUGCCUUCUUGGACGUGGCGCAAGUGUACCUCACCCAGUGCCCCGAAUCCCUCCUCUUGCGGCUCGUGGCCCAUCGCGGCGCCGCGUGCCACCCCGUGACGCACCCGCAGUGGUCAAGUCACCUCGCCGACGUCUUGGCCCACUUUUACCAUGCCAUGUCGGUGCCGUCGCCCGUGCGCCUCGCGGCGUUGCAUGUGCUUUUCGACACGCUGGAUGCGAGUCGGUUCCUCUGCGAAGACCGCGUGCUCGAGGAGUUUCUCUUGCCCGCACUCGAGUGCGUGUACGACGACCCGAGCCCCGACGUGCGCCGGUCGGGGCUUGACCAACUCGCCCGCGUCGCCGAGCACGUCGAGACGACCAAAUUCCAUGCGCUCGUCGACAUUCUACACAAUGCAGUCGUCGCCUCCAAGUCGACCGACGCCCAAGAGAUUGGUGUGAGCGCGAUCGUCAGGCUCUUUGAGAUGUGCUUCUUGCACGCGCCGCCGGUCCGCGCCGUGCGCACGUACGAGCUACUGACAGGGUACUGUGCGACGCACCGGCAUGUGGCCGUGCGCCGGAUCGCUGUCGAGUGCCUCUUGCGUCUCUCGACAGCCAACGCGUCGUAUCAGAUGCAACUGGUGCUGCCCAACGAACCAAAAUCUCACGGCUCUUGGUUGGCCAAGGCCGUCGUCGCGCUGCUGAGCCUCGCGAGCACGGAAACACACACGGACGUGCUCGAGCUUGCCAUCGCGGCGCUCCGCAAAAUGCUUGAGAACCGGUUCGUGCUCCGCGACGUGAACCUGAGCGACAUGGCGCUCAAGCUCGUGUCGUGCGUCGAGUGCCGUGCGUUUGGUCGCGCUGCGAUCGCGCACGGACUCGCUGCCGACGUGAGUCCGAGCGCAUGGCGGUGCGCAGCGGCCACGUACCUCGAUCGCGGCUUUGAGCUCCUCCUGCUCUUUGGCAGCACGGACGCCCAGCUCAAUGCGGCGGCCCAGCGCCGACUCUUUCUGACGUUUGUGCACGGCCUCGACCUGCGCCCGUCCGUGGCAGCCUGGCCGGCUCAUGGCGUCGCAACGGCGCCGGAUGUGGCGCUCCAGGCCGCCGAACGGGCGCUGGCGCACACGGUGACAUCGGGCCUCGGGACGCUCUUGCUCUUGAUGCCGGACGACGUCGAGAGCGUGCUUCCCGCCAUCGUCGAUGCGCUCGUCCAACGCACGUGCACGACCGACGGCGGCAGCUGGGUCCCGGACCUUGUGUGCAUGGGGCUCGAGCUGCUUCUCAACCUGUUUCGAGCCAACCGGGCGGCGGCACUCCCCGAGGUGCAAUCGCAUGCCAUUUUGCUCUUUGCGCUGCGGGGACUGCACUUGCCGAGCGCACCCAAGCGUAUCGUGUACAGCGCGUACAUGGUGCUCGCGCACUGCUUUGCCUGCGCGCCCGUGGCGCUCCGGGGCGCUUUGGCCCACGCCGCGGGGCCGUUGCUAUCGGGUCCGGACGCGCACGUGCUGGACGAAGUCGCAAUGGACUACAUCAAGUCGAUUGCCUUUGCACCGGCAAAGCCCGAGCCCCCGAGCCGCCUCUUGCCCGCGCCCCGCCAAGUGUCCUGGAGCUUUCAAAACACGAUCGUGACGGUCCGCACCGGACUUGGAAUCACGCAGGUCGUUGUCCGACGCGCGACCGGUACCCAGCGCUACCGCCUCGACACGUCGCCCAUGGAGGAGGCGCAUCCGCUCCAUAUUAUGAGUCACCUCUUUGACAUCAAUCCGCUCGUCCAGCACCAGCUCAGCGGUCUGGACGAGCUCAUCGACGGCGACGGGCUCACGCGGGCACUGAGCGUCCUGGACCUCUCGCCACCCUACGAAACCCACAAGAUUGGCGUCCUUUACAUCGCCCGCGGGAAGGCCAACGAGAAGGACGUGCUUUCGGUCGUUGGCGGUAGCCCGCGCUACGUGUCGUUCCUGCGCGGCCUCGGUCGCAUCGUCCGCAUGGAUGCGAUCGACGGCUACAACGGUGGCCUCGACACAUCGCCCAGCAGCAGCGACGGCGCCUAUGGUCUCGUCUACCGCGAUUCGUGCAUGCAGGUUGUCUUCCACGUCCCCACCAUGAUGCACGGGCCACUCUCCGAGCCCAUCGUCGAUGUAGCAUCACCACCAUCGUCGUCCUGGAGCCGCGAGGACAGUGACGGACGCCGGCACAGCAAGAAGCGUCACCUUGGCAACGACUUCGUGCACAUUGUGUAUGUCGACGACGUGCUCAGCAACGACGUGUCGGACGAGCCGGUCGUGUCCGGGCACUUUACGGACGUCCGUAUCGUCGUCCAGCCGCUCGACGAGCGACCGUCUUUCUACCGCGUCCGCGUCCUCUGCAAGCAAGACGGCCUUGUGUUUGGUCCGCUGAGCGGGACCCAGAUCGUGCCGGCGGUGUGCGUGGCCGAGGCCGUCCGGCUCACGGCGCUGAACGCGAGCUUGGCCUGCCGCGCGAUACACCACGACCGCAUCGAGUUUGUGCUCAACGCAGAAGACCGCCUCAAGCAGAUCAAGCUCAUUGACCAGCGCUGGAAGGUGCGGGCGUCAUAG